AUUCACGUUCCCAAAUUUCGCAGUCUCCUUUGAGUUUCAAUUUUCCAACUCUCCAUUGAAGCCGGAGCUCUCUCUCUCUCAGUCAUGGCGGCUCUAGCUCGAUUCUCGAGGAAGGCUCUAACCUCGCUCUCGUCUCAGCAGAAUAUCCUUCACCGUGGGCUCGCCACUGAGGCUGCGAAGGCCGUAAAUCCAUCGGCCGAUCGAGUCCAGUGGGACUACCGAGGUCAGAGGAAGAUCAUCCCGCUGGGGCAGUGGCUCCCGAAGGUGGCCGUAGACGCCUAUGUCGCGCCAAAUGUAGUAUUAGCGGGCCAGGUCACCGUCUGCGAUGGUGCAUCAGUCUGGGCUGGCUCGGUCCUACGAGGCGAUCUCAACAAGAUCACCGUUGGAUUCUGCUCCAAUGUUCAGGAACGAUGCGUCAUUCAUGCCGCUUGGUCUUCGCCCACAGGCCUUCCAGCAGAGACAUCUAUUGAGAGGUUUGUGACAAUCGGUGCAUACAGUCUCUUGCGUUCUUGCACAAUUGAACCAGAGUGCAUUAUCGGACAGCAUUCUAUUCUCAUGGAAGGUUCAUUGGUGGAGACCCACUCUAUCUUGGAGGCUGGAUCUGUGGUUCCCCCAGGGAGGCGAAUUCCAACUGGUGAACUUUGGGCUGGAAAUCCUGCAAGGUUUGUCCGAACUCUUUCCCAUGAAGAGACCUUAGAGAUCCCAAAACUUGCUGUUGCAAUAAAUGAUCUGAGCAAAGAACAUUUCAUGGAGUUCCUUCCUUACUCCACAGUAUAUUUGGAGGUUGAAAAGUUUAAGAAGUCCUUGGGCAUCUCUGUUUGACAAGUCUUUGUAUUAAUUUUCAUUGUUACAUGUAUCUUUUAGUUGGGAGGUGUUCCUUGUAAGGAAAUAAGCAGCUCCAAGACAUAGAGCAAAGCUUUUUGAGAGUUCUCUCUUUGUGUUUUGAUUUUUUUUCAGGCCAUUUAAAGAUUUAUUUUGAAUGAUACACUUGUAACUGAGACAGACAACUGUGUGGAAUUUCCUUGAGAAGCUCACAAUUGGGGUUCAUGCAUAAAAAAUUGCUUUUACAUGAAAAAUCAUUUGAGGAA